AUGUCCUACGAUUCCAACUUCGAAGACAUCGAAGAUGAGAUAAGCAGCUGGGGAUACUCGAUGUCGUUAUCCGACUUUGAGAGAUCACGACAAUCGGAGGAAAUUGUGCAACCCAGAUUCAACGGUAUAGUUGUCGGACGAGGACGAGGAAUCAGCAACAAGUACAUAGAAACAGUCAGAAUGGCCUCGGAUAUAAAUUCACUGAAAGCUCAUCCUUUUCGUAUGGGCCAUUUACCAACUACCUCUGAGGUUUUGGAAGCUUCUCCCGAAAAUGAAAUAACUCCACUUUUACGUAAACUAGGCAUAAGUGGUCAUGACUGGCAAAUCAGCAGCCGCACAACGAGGCAGGUACCUAAGCACCAGGAAGAAAUUCGGGUGGACCGCAGAUUACCUGUUAUACUUAACGGUGAUCUAUUCGGUGCACCGUUUAUUUCAUCCUGUUCUGAUGUGUCCAGCGAUAGUGAGGAACCAUACGAUCCUAGCAAACCGCUGCAGGAACAAUUUAAGACGAUAAAAGAAUUUGCUCAAAUUAUCGAUCAUCCAGACACACAGAAGGAAAACGUUCCCAUCAGUCAUGGAGACUCUAAGGGUAAUUCAACAUGCCCAAAUUCAUCCAAACCAAGUUCUACAACAGCUUCAAUUGAAAUUUCGUCACAUUCAACACCUGCUAAUGAUGAUAGUUCUUCUGCAACGAGUAUUACAACCUAUAGCACUGGUGAACAAUACUCGAUGGAUCAAUACUGCGAAGAACCAUUACUUAAGACAAAAGACCGGCUGUACACUCCAAAGCAGUUGUAUCAAAUUAAGAAAAUGCAAUUUUGUAGGAUUUAUCCUACAGCUUAAUUUCUUUCAAUGCGCUGUACCAGAUUAACUCAUUAGGUAAUAUAUAGCGUAAUUUAUUAUUUAUUGGGCUGGUCAACCAGUUUUGCACGAAAUGCUGUGAAUUAAGAGCGUAUAGAAUAGACACAAUUUUUUCAUCCACUUGCAAAUCAGGUUUUAUGAAAGAAUUUGGUAAUAGAGUAUAAAUCAAAGAUACAAACCGGAAGUAUAAG